AUGAACAUGUCUCUCGCUCUUCAGAUCUCAGGAAGGUUUAUUGAUCUCGACCUCGGACAGAGAAUCGGCCAGGUUAUCGAAAAUCAAGAGAAUUUGUAUUCGGAGUUGCGCAAAAGUCUCCAAGUCUUCACCUACUCUAUACGACAAUCAGUUGAGCGAGAUCUGGAAAGGUAUAACGACUGGAACAUAAAGACAGAGGUCCGCAUGGAGGACCUUUAUGAGUCUAUGUCUACAGGAUUCCCAUCCUUAGAUCACAUCGAAGUACCAGCGGAGCCUUUAUUCCCAAACAUUGAAGGAAAAAACGAUGCGAGUAACUACACAAAGAUGAAAGUGUCAAGAGCUCGCACGUUCAAAGAAAACGAUGCAGACUUUGAGAGGGUUCUGAAAGAAUUCAAGGACUCAAGCCUGUUGGAGCGGCUGGGUGAGCAGACUGGCUCUGCGGAUCUAAGUGUCCUCCUUGAGAACAUAGAAAGACAAAACAUAAAUAAGCAAGGAAGAGGCUUUUCCACGAGCAAAAACAGGAUGCUCUCUGGUGUCAAUGCGUGGACUAAUAUCUUGCCUUCUCAAUAUACAAAUACUAUACUGAGCAGCUACACCGUGCUUCUUCAGGCAUCCAAAGCAUCCGAGAAUACAUUCGAACUCAUGGUGGAAGGUCUUGCGGAAGCAAGCGAUGCUAUAAGACUCUGCAAGCGAGAAUACGACCUCUACCCGGCGCCGGAAGUAAAGGAGGCAAUGAUAAAACUGUACUCUCACGUCCUUGCAUUCGGUGCAGAGGCAGCCAUGAUAACUAAGAAGAGCUUUGCCGGACGAUUUAUCCACGCCAUGACGUUUCAGGAUGGCCCUAUUCCAAAGCUUAUCGUGAAGAUUCAGAAGCAGGCUCGAGCGAUUAUGCAGGAAGUAGAGUAUCAACAGAGGCUAGAAAUGCGGGAUAUGAGUUCAAGGGUGCGACAUAUUGAGCGAGACCAGCAGAAGAUUCUUUCGGGAAUUGCCAGCCAGAGGAAGAUAUUGGAGUCUUUACGAGACCAACAGAGUAUCAUGUCGAUGAUCAAGACCCAGCAGGAGAUACUUGAUGGUGUUCAGAAACUCCUUCUUAGAAUCCCGGCGUGAAGGUUCUAUAACCACUCAGUAAUACUAUAUGGACAUAGGCAUAUCAGGAGCUUAUAUAGUUGCUCUACGCACAUUUAAG